GCUGAUCCGCAGCUACUAAAUGCCAAAUUGAUUUAGGCUCGUACAUGACUAGGAGGGGCUGUCUAAGUUACAUCUACCUCUCCAUCCAUGGUGACUCAGUGGGCCGAAAGCGGCCUUCUUUAUCGAUAAGCGAGCAGUCUUUUCCGUCCAAAAAAUUUCUCCAUACCCCUCCGCAAAAGUCCACUUGACGCAUAGUUUUGACAAUAUUCUCGAUCUGUUCAAUAGCCAAUUCCAUUGUUGCACAAAUGGCUACCUCUCGCGAUGCAGCGCCGGCCACCUGUAAGGUUGUGCUCUCUAAGAAUGUCGUUUCUAGCCUCCUUUCUGAGGUUCAGGAAGGAGUGAAGACGCUGGAGAGGCCCCCUCACCUGGUGGGAUUCUUGGCCAACAAUGAUCCUGCGGCACUCAUGUAUGCCCAAUGGACUGAAAAGACCUGCGAAGAAAAUGGCUUCCGCUAUUCUCUCCGUCAGGUCGACCGCGAAGACCUCGAGGAGGCUAUCCUAGCUGCCAAUGUCGACUCUGACGUUGACGGCAUCAUUGUAUACUACCCCAUUUUCAACAACCGGCAAGACCAGUAUUUGCAGCAGCUUGUCGAUGUAUCCAAGGAUGUAGAGGGUCUAAGCCAUCGCUACAUCUUCAACAUGUACCAGAACAUCCGAUUCCUCGACCCAGAGACCAAGCGACAGAAAUGUAUACUCCCUUGCACACCGCUCGCCAUUAUCAAGAUCCUGGAAUACCUCAAAGUCUACAAUACGAUUUUGCCCUAUGGCAACCGUCUUUUCGGACACACUAUCUGUGUAGUGAACCGGUCGGAGGUUGUCGGUCGGCCGCUGGCGGCGUUGCUGGCAAACGAUGGAGCCUGCGUCUACAGUGUGGAUGUGACUGGUAUCCAAAAGUUCACUAGAGGUGAAGGUAUCAAAAAGCGGAGACACGAGGUCCACGACUUGGAAGGCAAGACAUUGAAGGAUGUGGUGCCUUUGUGUGAUGUCGUCAUUUCCGGUGUCCCUGGGGACAAAUACAAGUUUGAUACCAGCCUUCUCAGAGAGGGUGCAGUGUGUCUCAACUUCUCGAGUGAGAAGAACUUCGGACCGGAGGUUAAGGAGAAAGCCUCUAUUUUUAUGCCUUCCACUGGAAAGGUGACAAUCGCCGUUCUGCUCAGAAACCUACUGAGACUUAUCCAGAAUCGGAGAUUGGAUGACGUGAAGCCUGCUGAAGCCACCGAGCGCCCAGGCACUCUGGAAGCUGCCACCUAAUAACCAAUGAUGCUUGUUCAAACAAUUGGGCCGGGAGAUGAUAUCAUAUCACUCAGCAUCCGUUCGGGUUAUAAGGCUUUUAUGCUUAUUAUCGUUUUUACCAUCCUUUCUUUAGACGAAUUACUAUAUAUAUCUUUUUUUUAGAAGUUGGGUUGUGCGCGGCCGUCAAGCCGACAAAAUGGACUCUGGCCAUAAAAUUAACCAGUAUCCUCUGCUUGUC